UAAGCGAAUCGGUCGUAUAAGUUGAUUUUUACCUCAUUUUCAUCUCGCUUAUAUCAAAAGGAGAGACCCUUUCUUGGCGAUCUAACGAUGAUCCAAAGUUGACUAAGCGUUGCGCGAUUGACUCAAUCGAGAUGGAUGAAGUAGUAGAAGUCGAUACGCCAGACGUCGACGCCGGCUCUUGCAAUGAGCUGGAUUGGACUUUCGACAUCGAAGACGCUCGCGAUGGCAGUCUAACUCAUCUCAAGCCUCCUCUCGAGUUUGAUCCAUCUAGUAGACAUUCUAGCAGACAUUGCAGCGAGGGGCCAGACUCACAUAAGCCAUAUCACACAAAACGGCCGCAUAAGAAGUCACGAGCCGGAUGUCAGCAAUGUAAAAAGAGGAAAGUGAAGUGCGAUGAAGCGAGACCGACGUGUAAAGCCUGUAGGCUCCGGAAGGAGAAUUGCGUAUAUCCGGCUGCGGCGGCAUCUACUGCACUUGUUCCAGCCUCGAAAUCUGAUUUAGAGGUUUCAUCUUCUACAUCUUCUGCAUCCUCUCCUCUGCCAUCCCGUGAGCCUGAAGCCAGCAAUAUGCUUCUUGUCACCGAACCUCUUUUCAGGCCACGGGAAAUGACAGAUGCCCUGGACAUGAAAAUGUUGUGGUUCUACACCACCACAGGGUUUCAGUUCUUCUCGAUCCAAAGUGGUCGCUCUGCGGUUGUUGAUCAUGUGCUUCAGGUGGAGGUCGUUAAGCACGCUUUCAAAUCACCGUUUCUCAUGAAUUGCUUGAUGGCAGUGUCGUCACUGCAUCUCCAGAACCUGAACCAACCCAUCCCAUCUCAACGUGCGGCGACUUACUGCUGUAGAGCCUUCAAAGGUUACAGAGAUGCGAUAGAAGCGGCAAACCCUCCUGAUUUUCCGGCUCUGAUAGCAACAUCACUUUUGAUGACUGCUUUGAGCAGCCAAAUGUUCCGCGAUCCAGAUGGAAAGCCACUCUAUAUUAUAGAUUGGAUGCAAGUCUGGCGAGGAAUCGGGUUGAUUGUCGAGAUCGUCUCGCCACGAGUUCUCCAGGAGACCGGGAUGGCAGUGCUGUUUUACAGGCCCCCGAUAGACCUCGAAAAGGCGACACAAUACAUUCCAAAUAACCUACUAUUCAUGGUUGCUUCCAUCAGCCCCGGUGAUGCUGAUGAUAAAUACCAGCAAAUCUAUUAUGAUAUGCUUAAAUAUCUUGGGUCACUUUAUCAGGAGAUGAGAGAGCAUGGCUUCAAUCCCAUUCUCGACCUUCGUAUAAUCACAUUUUUCACUUUCAUACCAAAGGAUUUCAUCCCACUUGCGAAGGAACAUCGGCCACGAGCUUUGAUUCUCUUAGCUCACCAUCUAUGCUUCGCCAAGCUGACCCCAGACGUGUGGUGGAUGCGCGGUAUCGCAGACCGAGAAAUCACGCAGAUUUGCGAAGAGGUCGGAGAUGAAUGGGCGCAUCUACUACGCGUACCGCAGAUGAUCCUAAGGACAAACGACAAAACCGAAAUCGCCCAGUUGCUUAUCAAUAAUCGCAAUUGGACCCCAACAGAGAUGGACAGAUAUGAAAGAGAUCGAGAUCCUAGAUUGAAAACCGACCUCGGGUUGUUCGACAAUGAAGGCUCAGAAGUCAGCAUCUAUGAUGGCCAAUGGAAGCGAAAGUCGUCGAUUGUUUCCAUGAGCCACAAAGUAACGGAGCUGGGUGAGUUAUUGGAUCCAUUCCCCCGGAUCUCAAGUCCCAGUCCAGAAUCUAUAUCAAAUUCAGCAUAAAUAGUCCAGCAAAAUGCUUCUCCGGUAUAUCUCUAGAAUGAGAACGACACCAUCUUGUUGGAUUCUACAGUACGGAAAUUGGAUAAUAAACCUACGCGAUGUAUCACAUGCAUCUAUGGACUUGUAUUGCAAAAGAUUUCGCAAUUCAUAUCACAAGAAGAA